AUGACUUGUGUUAAAACUCCCAUGUUUUCCUUGCUUCUCAAUGGAUCGUUGCAUGGUUUUUUUGCAUCAAAAAGAGGUCUUAGACAAGGGGAUCCCAUAUCCCCCUUGUUGUUUGUUCUUGGAAUGGAGUAUCUAUCCAGAAUUUUGAGUAAAGUGGGUACUUUAUUUGGUUUCAAAUACCAUGAUAAAUGCUCCAAUUUGAAGUUAAAUCACCUAUGUUUUGCGGACGACCUUCUUAUUUUCUGUAAUGGAGACUAUGUUUCAAUCCUUCUCAUGCUAAGAGGUCUGAAGCUAUUCUCCUCUUCUUCGGUUCUGCUUCCCAACUCUGAUAAAUCUGCCAUAUACUGUCACGGUAUGGCUGAAGCUGUAGUAGAUCGGGUCCUGGAGGUCUCUGGAUUUUCUCGCAGCCGCCUCCCAUUCAGGUAUCUCAGCAUCCCUAUUUGCUCAAAAAAAAUUCCUUCUGCUGAAUGUAAAUGCAUAUUGGAAAGGAUGAUAAGCAGGAUUAGAUCUUGGAGUACUCGGAACCUCUCUUAUAUGGGGAGAGUCACAUUGAUCAAUUCAGUCCUAAUUUCAAUUCAUUCAUAUUGGGCUCAAAUUAUGAUUUUGCCCAAGAAAUUGUUAAAAGAGGUUGAAGCUAUAUGUAGAGCCUUUCUUUGGAAAGGUAUCUCGGAUACUCACUUUCCAGGGUUAAUUGCUUGGGAGAAUAUUUGUGUAUCAAGGGCUGCAUGUGGCUUGGGCUUUCAGAAACUACAUGAUUGGAACAUGGCUGCCAUGGGAAAAUAUGUUUGGGCAAUUGCCAAGAAGAAAGAUAGCCUAUUUGUCAAGUGGAUAAAUAGUGUCUAUUUGAUGAAUCAAAAUUGGUGGGAUUACAAGUGUCCCAUGGACUGCAGCUGGUACUGGAAGUGCUUAGUGGCUGUGAAGGAUAGCUUCAGAAUGAAAAUUUCUCAGGACUCUUUUUUGUCCUAG